UGCUAAAAGCCAUACAAAGAUGUGAAAGGCAAAAUCCAGAAGUAAAUGAGUUCUCAGGUUGUUGCUGCAAUUGAUAAGAUCGUCCAUGAGGUUUUGGAAAGUCUUUCUAAAGAUGAAGCCCCAGUUCUGACAGUGGAAAACAGAUCAAACUGGACCAACAUUGAGUUUACUGAUUCAGUUGGAUUGCAAAUGGCAAAGAAUUGCACAUCUCGGAAAGUGAGAAGCAACCGCCCCAAGUCUGCACAACGGUUUGCUCUGACCAUGAAAAUCUUGUCUGUGAUCUAUAAACUGGUGCAGACCAAUACCUACGCCACCAAAAGGGACAUUUUUUAUGAAAAUGUUCAGCUUUAUGGUAGCCAGACUACAGUGGACAGUAUAGUGACGGAUAUUUCCUGUAUGUUGAAGGUCCCAAGAAGAAGCUUACACAUCCUUUCCACAUCCAAGGGCUGUGUGGCCGGCAACCUCCUAUAUAUAGAGCAAGAUGGGACUAAAGUGGACUGCAGCUUUAAUACCUCGGGAGUCUUGGUGCCAUCGAACGUUGAAGGAGUCACAAACUUGAGAACCGCCGCACGCUUUGUCCUCAUUAUUGAAAAAGAUGCUACGUUCCAAAGACUUCUUGACGAUGACUUUUGUGGAAAGUGCGGUCCGUGCAUACUUAUUACGGGUAAAGGAGUCCCAGAUCUGAACACCAGACUGUUCGUACGAAAGUUGUGGGACACUUUCCAGAUCCCUAUAUUCACCUUGGUUGAUGCUGAUCCUCACGGGAUAGAGAUUAUGUGUAUCUACAAAUACGGCUCAUUGUCAAUGUCGUUUGAGGCUCAUAAUUUAACAGUCCCGUCCACCGCUUGGCUCGGCCUGCUGCCGUCUGACAUAGAAAGGUUACACGUCCCUGCAGAGGCGCUGAUACCAUUAUCUACCCUGGACCAAAGAAAGCUGCAGAGUUUACAGAAGAGGCCUUAUGUUUCCUGCCAGCCUCUGUGGAAGCAAGAGCUGGAGAUUAUGAGUUCGAGGAAAAUGAAAGCAGAAAUCCAAGUGCUGACUUCACUCUCCCCUACAUUUCUUACUAGUAUUUACUUACCCAACAAGCUGGAGUAUGGAGGAUGGAUCUGA